AUGAACAGCAUCUUCAACCCUCAGGGGAUACGGGAGGCCCCGUGCUUCGAUAGGCGCGAGCGGUCUCUCCAGCGGCAUACUACUAUAGACAGCUUGGCAGAUUUCGACUAUCGCUCUCCCCUUCCUCUAACUAAGGAUGGAUUCCCCACCACUAAGAGCACAGACACCUAUCGCACGGAUCUCAUGAAUCUUUCAAUGACCCCAGAUGAGGAGCUUAACAAGGUAAUCUAUCACGAAACCCUCCGGAAUAGCCUUGCGAAUACAAGCAGACGCAACAGGAACGUACGCUCUCAUUAUGGACCGUCGUAUUACAGACGUGGAUACUAUAAUGAAGAGCUUGCCGAGAUGCUUGUAGAUCGCAUGGACACUCUGGCAUACAUAGGAGCGGAAGGCUACAAAGGCCCCAGCGUCCGAGAACAACCAAGUUGCACGAAGACACGCUCACAACUGAGAUCCAGUUCUACGGGACAAAGUUCCCAAAUGGUUGAACUCCCGGGAUUUGCAAGAAAACCUUAUGUCUCCAGCAAGCCAUCCUACAUAUCUCCAGGGACGGAGAAAACGUAUGUCCAUGCUUUUCGCGAGAAAACGGAAGUAGAGCGCUUCCAUACUGGCGUAUUUAAGUGUAAUCCUGUAACAAGCGAACAACAAUGGUCUUGUUGCGGAUCUUCUGUCCAUGGAGACCCGGGCUGCAUGAAGCGCGUCUCAUAUCCGAAUAAGGUUAACUAUGGCCUCACGUUCAAUAGAAUAUGUAAUUAA